AUGGCCUACGCCAUCUUGCGUAGAGUAACACUGCCCGCCAACUUCACCGUCUCGAUGUGGAUUCGGCCUGAGGUGAAUGAGGGCACCCUUCUUUCGGUGCGGCGAGAAGCUAAAGAGGGUUAUCUACAACUUCGGCUAGUCGCCGCU